AUGGCAACAACAGAAUUAAAAAGAUCAUUAAAUGAUGAUGAUUAUGAAACUACAUCAAAAGCUAAAAGACUUAAAUUAUCGGAUGAAGGUCCUUUAACUGCUACUGAUAUUUUAAUUUUUAAGAAAGAAUGUUUAUUUAGAGAAAUGACAUUAUAUAAACAUAAAUUAAAUUUAUUAGAAAAAGAAGUUAAUCAAGAUAAUUUAAUACAAGAAAUAAUGGAUUUAAAACGUGAAUUAUUAAAAUAUCAAUCACCUGCAAUAUCCCGAGUUUUAAAAAAUGCAACUUCAGCAAAUCGUGGUAUUGAAGAAUCCGAUAAAUCAGAAGAAACUGCUAUUAAAAAAGAAGCAACACCAGAAGAAAAACAAAUAAAUAUUCAAGAAGAUAAAUUAGCAGAAUAUCUUUCACAAAUUGAAGUUUUAACAUCUACUAAUAAAUUAUUAAAAUCACAACUUGAAGAAAUUUCCGAACAAUAUCAACAAGCAUUAAUACAACCUUCAAAAUCUAAAUUAUCAAAUGAAGAUGAAGCAAAAUUACAAAAACUAACUAAAAAUAAUAAAUUUUUACAAGAUGAAAUUUCAAAAUUAAAUAAAAUAAAAUCUUUAAAAGUUUCAGAAAAUUUUGAAACUUUUAAUAAUUUAAAAGAAGAAUUAGAUAAAGAGAUAAUAACAGAAAAUGAAAGAUUAAAGAAUAAAUUUCAAGAUCAAGAAAUAACGAUAAAUCGUCUUCGAGCUCAUCGAGAUGAAUUAUCAUCACAAAUUGAAAUUAUAAAACAAGAACUUGAUAAUAAAGAAACAAAUAAAUCAUUAUUAGAUUUAAAUUCAGAAUUAAAUAAAAGAAUAGAACAAUUAACCAAACCUCAAUCAGAUGAAAAUGAAGUAAUUCAAGAAAUAGAACAAGCUUUUAAACAAACUCGAGAUUUAUAUUUAAGUAAUUUGUCAAAUAAAGUAGAUAUUGAUGGUAAAUUACAAAUAAUUUCAAUUGAGAAAACAAAAGCAGAAUCUAAAUAUUUUGCAGUUAUGAGAUCAAUGGAAGCUGCAAAGGAAGAAAUUAAGAUUUUAAAAUUACAAAAUUCAAAACAAAAUGAAUUUAAUACAAAUUUAACUGAAUUAAAUUCAAAAUUGAACCUCAAAGUUAAAAAUUUGACUACUCAAUUAUCUGAAUAUCAACAAAUAAAUAUUAAUAAUAAGAAUGAAGUUAAAAAAGUAAAUGAAGACUUGGAAGAAUUUAAAAUUGAUAAUUCCAAUUUAAAAGAAAAUCUUGAAGAAAUAACAACCAAGAAUGAAAAUUUAAUUAAAUCUGAAAUACAAUUAAAGAAGACUAUUAAUCAACAAAGUAUUGAAAUACAAGAAUUGGAAAAGAAGAAAAAUCAAUUAUCAAAUUUAUUAAAUAAAUAUAAAACUAAUAAUGUUAAUGGUAUCAUUGAAGAAGAAGAACAACAAUUACAAGCAUUAAGAUCAAUAGCUAAAUGUUCGGUAUGUACAAAAAAUUGGAAAGAUACUGCUAUAACUGUUUGCGGUCAUGUUUUUUGUUCAAAUUGUACUCAAGAAAGAUUAGCAGCAAGAUUAAGAAGAUGUCCAAGUUGUAAUAAAGGUUUUUCACAAAAUGAUUUAUUAUCAAUACAUUUAUAG